CCCUGGGUCUGUGUCCCUUCCCUUCUCUUGUAUGGAGGCUGGUCCUAUUGCAUUGAGGCUCUGCUCUACUCCAUUAUGAUCUCAUCUUCACUAGUCCUAGAUCUACGUCUGUAGUGACCCUAUUUCCAAAUGAGGUCACAGUGCUCACUUAGGCAGCACAUCUAACAAAUGAGGUCACAUUCGGAGGCACCGGGGGUUAGGAAUUCAACAGAUCUUUUUGGGAGGAUGCAAGUCAGCCCAUAACACUGCAGGUGCUCCAGGGAUGAAACGUACACUCCUCAGCGGGGCAGAUGCGGUCCUCCAUGACCUCCUCUCAGCAUCCCUCCCGAUAAGCCAGUCGUGUGUAGCCAUUUGCUGCUCCAGAAACACCCCACGCCUUCUUCCCACCUUCCUAGGUUACUAGCACUGUUCCGUCUGGAAUUGGAGGCUUCUAGAGGUUCUGAAACUUCACUGUUCAGCCUCAAAGAAACUGCAAGGAAGGGAAUUUAAAACAAAACCCCUAGUUCCACAUCUGUUUCUUUUUCUCCUCUGUCAGAGGAAGACAUACAUGCACAAGACCUACAGGCAAGUUGGAAGAGCACCGAGGAUCUGGGGAAAAUUGUACAUGCCAGACAAAUAUCCCAUUCAGGAUACGGAACUCCCUAAAGCUGAGGACUGUGAUCCAAUUACUUUGAACUGCCCAACAAAUUCUGAGAUGCAUCACCAGGGAGAAGAAAAUGGCUUUCCAGACAGUACUGGAGAUCCCCUUUCAGACCUAAGCAAAGAUGAGUCCUGCAAGAAAAACUGUACUUGUUCCUCCUGUGUGCUCCGGGCCCCGACCAUAAGUGACUUACUCAAUGAUCAGGACUUGCUUGAUGUCAUCAGGAUAAAGCUGGAUCCAUGUCAUCCAACAAUAAAAAACUGGAGGAAUUUUGCAAGUAAAUGGGGCAUGCCCUAUGAUGAACUGUGUUUCCUGGAGCAGCGGCCUCAGAGCCCUACCUUGGAGUUCCUGCUCCGGAACAGCCAGAGGCCAGUGGGCCAGCUGAUGGAGCUCUGCAGGCUCUACCACAGGGCCGACGUGGAGAAGGUCCUGCACAGGUGGGUGGAUGAGGAGUGGCCCAAGAGGGGUCGUGGAGACCACCCCAGGAACUUCUAGACCUCGGCUUCUUUGGCUUCUUUGGACCUUGAAACAACCACAGGUUAAGGAGGAAUGUGGAUCUGUUCUUUUUGUAAUUGUUUAGGAUAAGGACAUGAGAAUGAUGGACAUUGAUUGGUUCUCCCCAAAGCUGGUGGUUUUUGGAGGGGUAGGGUUGUAUUUUGGUGGCGGAUUUUUGUUUGUGUAGUUUUGCACAUCUGUUUUAAUUUAAUAUUUGAAUCUGGUUGGGGAAAGAUACUUCCUAGCCUCAGAUGGGGACCAGGGCCAAAGACCACAGUCAGAAUGGAAUCAUGCCAUGAUGAAAAUAAAAUGAUCCUCUCCCUUCAAUACUGUGGGAGACUGAAAUGAGAACUAAGAUUGUGGAUGGUGCCAGCCGGUCAUCAUCCAUGGGAUCCUUCAUGAUGGACCGACAGCUCUCCCACAGCUCAGAGGACAACACAGAGAAAUUACCUUGUCCUUUUUCUGUCAUAGAGGACUUUGGUAUCAUGGGGCCAUACCUUCAGGCCAUAUGUGCCAUCUUUUUUAUUCAAAUACUUUGGUAAUCUGUGCACUAACAAAAAUGCCAUUUGUGCAAGUUUUUUUUUUUUUUUUUUUUCAAGAAAUACGAAAGUAGUGGCAAGAGGACAGAGUUAGGAAUCAGGAGGGUUCUAAGGACCUUGGGCAAGGUGUUUGGCAGAGAGAGUACACAAAAUGCCCUUUGUUACCCAAGACUUUUUAAUAAAUGAAUUAAUAGUUGCUCUUCCAUCUUUUGUAUGAGGCUGAGUGUUUCAUCCCUGGGAUCAGGUUCAGCUAAGAAAUAAAUAAAAAUCACCUGGCCCAGAGUUGAAAUGUAACAACUUCUAGCAACUACUGUCACAGCUGGAAACAGAGCCACCAACAAACACUACAUAGCGGUUUAGCUAAGAACAGGAAGUCUUUGAUGCUAAAGAUCAGUAUUAAAAUCCAAAUUUUAGAGGAUUUUAAACCAAAUGAAAAAUUGGAUCUGAUGUUCUUAUUUUGUGGUUUAGGGGGAUGUAAAGUGUGGAGGAUGGAAGAGUUUGUUACUGGAGAGAUCAGAUUUUCUCUCUCUCUCUCUCUCUCUUUAAUGGGGUAACAGAGAUAUGAGGCAAAGCCUUGGCUUGUUUGACAAUUUCAUGAAAGCCCUAUUUGGAUUUGGCUGGGGCUCAGAAAAUUAAGGCACUCCUUUCAGUUUGGUGGGAUUCUGUACAAGUCCUGGAUUAAAAUAAACAAAAAUGAUGAACAUUGGAAUACAAAAAAGAUAAGAAUUAACUCAAAAUUAUUUUCUCAACUUCCAACAUAUUUUUCCACUGACAGUUUUAGCAGUUUUUAUUAGGUUGCCAAUAUAUAGAGUCAACUUUGCUAUCAAAUAUAAACUCUAAACUAACCCAAUCUACUAUGGACAUUUACUAAUCACUUCUGAUUCAGGGUUAAUCUCACCAGCUCAUCUUCCUCUGUUUGAUUUAUCAGAUAAAUGUCAGGUUUAUCACAAAAUGUAUUUAAAGGAGCAGCCAGUAAUAAAAUGUGGAGUUUUUUUCAGUU